GACGUGACGUGUUCGGUGACUGCGGGGUGCUGGAAGCGGUCGGUGUGCCUGACGACAGUUCGCCUGAGGGGGACUAUGUCAAGGAGUCGCCGGGAGUUAGAGAGGGAAAAGCUGCUCACACCAGUGAGCAGCUAUGGCUCCCAAGACUCUGUCCACACAGUCACCCCUCACUCUGAUCUGUCUUCUCAAGCAACAUUGGACACAAAAGAAGAAGAACUGAAAAGGACACUGAAGUACUAUUUCAUGAGUCCCUGUGACAAAUAUCGAGCAAAAGGACGGAAGCCUUUCAAAUUGGUGGUGCAAAUCUUUAAGCUCAUGUUUGUCACAAUACAGUUAAUCCUGUUUGGGUUGAGUAACCAGAUGGUGGUGGAUUUUACCGGGGAAAACACAAUGACUUUUAAACAUCUAUUCUUGAAGAAUUAUUCAGAUGACUUGGAAGAUUCCUAUGCUGUGUAUACGAAGGCGGAUGUUUAUGAAUGUAUUUUCUACACAGUUGAACAGUACCUGGCUCUGCAAAAUAUCUCUCUGGGGCGGUAUGCCUACAUUACUGAUGGUGAUACAAAUCAUACUGGUCUCCAGCUCUGCCAUCGUUUUUAUAAGAAGGGGAGCAUCAAUCCUGAAAAUGAUACCUUCAACAUCAACCCACAGGUGAUAACAGAGUGUGUGAGUGUGAGCCCCACAGAGAAACUGACGUACAGGAACAUCUCACUGAAAUUCUACAAGCUUAUAGAUAUUACCAUAACAUUUAAACUGAAGGCCAUUAACAUUCAGACGAUCAUCAACCACGAACUUCCAGAUUGCUACACAUUUCAUAUUAUAAUCCUGUUUGAUAACAAGGCACACAGUGGUCGGAUAAAGAUCAAUCUGGACAAUGAAGUGGUCAUCAAUGAAUGUACAGAGCCCAGUGUUUAUGGAUAUGGUGGGAAUGAUACUGGCCUCCUGAUGUUCGACAUCUGUGUCAUUGCGUUGUGCCUGGCGUCCUUUAUUCUGUGCUUGAGGUCAAUCAUCCGUGGAGUCAAGCUGGAAGCCCAAUUUAGGGAAUUUUUCCAGCUGAAGCACAAAAAGGAUGUGUCCUGCACCACUCGCUUGGAGUUUAUCAAUGGUUGGUACGUUCUGCUGAUUAUCAGUGAUGUGCUCACCUUUGUGGGUACGAUCAUGAAGAUAGGAAUUGAGACCAAGAAUUUAGCAUCCUAUGACCUGUGCAGUAUUCUACUAGGGACCUCAACUCUGUUAGUUUGGGUUGGAGUGAUUCGCUAUUUGAGUUUCUUUCAGAAAUACAAUAUCCUCAUUGUGACUCUCCGAGCAGCUUUCCCGAAUGUGAUCAGAUUCUGCUGUUGUGUUGCUGUGAUCUAUAUGGGUUACUGUUUCUGUGGCUGGAUAGUGCUGGGUCCUUAUCAUGAGAAGUUUCGAACACUCUCGAUGGUGUCCGAUUGUUUGUUUUCACUCAUCAAUGGGGACGACAUGUUCGUGACAUUCUCCCAUAUGCAGCAGAAGAGUAUACUGGUUUGGUUGUUCAGCCAGAUCUACCUGUACAGCUUCAUCAGCCUUUUCAUCUACAUGGUUCUCAGUCUCUUCAUUGCCCUCAUCACUGGUUCUUAUGAAGCCAUAAAGCACCACGGGAUCAGCGGGGUCCGUCCCAUCGAGCUUCGCGAGUUUAUCGCUGAGUGUACAGAUGCUCCGAACUCAGGCAAAUUCCGUGAGGUGGACAGCUCUGUCUGCUCCUUUUUCUGUUGCUGUGACAGAGUGACGACCUAUGAAGAGACCCUCUCGGUAAACUGACCCCAAUAGAUGCUACUUGUGAUUCCAGCUGUCAUUAGAAUUAAGAUCUUACAAGCAGGCGCUGAAUGUUGGGAAGACCAUGACCUGGCUGCUUUGUGGUGAUACCAGGGACGUCUCCAUGAAGGAGCUUUAUGCGCUGGGAUCAAAUGCCACAUAAAAUGACAGAUAUAUUUAUUGUACUGGGGACCACUAGAUAUUUUGUGUAUAUAUUGGUUUGACGGGAACACUACUUGAGAGACAAUCAUGUUCAUGAUCUUGAAGUUGAACUGGAGACAUUGAAGUCUUCCUGGCACCUUUCCACUUCAUUUUUAACAGUACUUAAGCACAAUAAGAGCCAGUAGUCCCAAUCAUUGCAUGGGCUAGAAUCAUGACAGGAGCUCUCAAUGAUGUCCUGAUUCACUGGAGAAUGUGUGUAUGACACAGCUGGGGUUCUGUGUUUCCUUUGCUGGCUGUUUUCUUGCUUUCAGCUGUGUCAAUGAACUGGAUCAGUGAAUUGGUAAAUGAAAGAGAACUAAACUGGAGACUAGUAGGGAUCUGAGUUUAAUGGUCUGAAUGCAAAAUACGUAGCAUCAUCUACUGUUCAAACACUAGCUGAUUUGCAUCUGAGUUUGGUUUACUUACCUGGUUCCAUAAAACCCGUAACUUAGACCUAAAUUCAAGCAAGUAUAAACUUGUGUGUAUUUUCUUAAAACGUAACCUUUAAUCCCAGUGUCAAACUGAUGAAUGUUUUGCACUGUAUCCCAAGGCCAGAAGUGAAGAGAGCUGAAGGUGUGGUGGUGUUUACCUGUUGAUUUAAUAACCCAGAAGUUUAGAUGUUGAGUGGAAUGUCCCACAGUUUUAUUGUGCAAGCUGUAAAUAAUACUUUGAUAAAAGCAGUUUGUUGGCUUCAGGAUCUGUUCCUCUGGUUAUCCAAUCAAUAGUGUGUGGGGCAGGGCUUGUGAACUACCAAAAAUAUUACCCUACAGCAAACUGCACACAGUCUGUUCCAGCCUCCACAAACCCCUAGUUCACCCCUACUUCACCCUUGUUCUCCUCAAUUGAGCUAAAGUAAUCCCCAUUGUUUAUACCCAUGUGGUCUCUGGCAUUCCUGGUGAGUGUAUAAUCUAAUCAUUUUCAUUCUGGUUGGUUGGGACAGUGUCAUCAAAGAAGGUUUUUCAUCUUUCCACUCCCUUAGCCUGUCAUUACCCGGUUUUGACGCUGUGCCCGGGUGCUCUUACUUUGGCACUGCCGCAGUUUUCAGGGAAAAGGUCCUUCUCUUUUAAUCAAAGGUUUUAACUAACGGUUUGGUUGCAACAGAGCUCUCUUCAGCUGGUAUUUGUGAAUGUGCCCCCAGUGAUAAUGAAGUUGCUGAAAAUUUCAUUUACCUUUUUUAAACAAAAAAAUUGUUUUAAAGGAAUAUUUAACUCCUGAUGUUUUAGUCUGAUUACAGUCUGUUCAGUACUUGCAUUGUGGUGUGAGGCUCUGACUGUAACUUCAAAGCCUGGAGUUCUUACAACCAAUAGGAUGCAUGGAAAGGGGUCAGAGAGAAAAUAAGGGGGGUGCUGAACAAUGUCAAAGACAUUGGCCUAACUGCCCCUCACUCUUCCCUCCUCUAUACUUUUCCCUCACCUCUCUACAACCUUGCAUUUACCUGCUCUGCACCCUCCCCUUCAACACCCCCUUCCAGGCUGUACCUUUUGUCACUGACAACAGCUUGUCCUCACACAACCCACCACAGUUAUACAGUUGUGGGUACUGUUUUCUACGUUACAACAGUGGCAGCACACAUUGCAGACAAUGAGGCCUGCAGUGACUCAAACACAUUCUGGUCUCUUAUCCAGCAAAAGGAGUAAAAAUACUUGUCAUAAAUGGUCAUUAAGUGACAGGGGGUCCAGAAACUGGGAAGAUUCAUUAAGCCCUCGUUUGACUGUGUCUCAUGAUAGGGAAUCAAUCAGUCCAUAUCUCACCCCUCAGUUGUGGUUCUGAUGUUUUAAGCACAGUUCUGUUUGAUAUGAGUGUCUUUCUUGCCAUAUUUUUGAUAGCUGGUUUUCAUGUACAAGUGAUAAAUUGUGUCGAGGGAACUUUCUCAAUAUGAAUCAUUCUGGAAAUCUAAAGUUUUGAUGCCUUAUUCUGAAGAAGCAUCAUCUCAGGUUUGAAUAGUCUGGAGAACUCUACAGGUUGCAUUGGAACUGCAGUCUUAUGGUUAUGUGUGUUCUCUCUGUUGUUCAAAAACCCAGAAAUUGAAGGCUAAUGCAACAAUUUGCUAAAUUAUGCUUUGAUUUACUGGAUGCACAACUAAUAAAUCAAUGCUUGUGUUUUUACCUUGUUUG